CACACACUGAUAUACACAAAGCCUCACAGACACACACAGUUGAGCACGUCCACUUAGACAUACUGCAAACUCUCCAUAGGAAACUCUGAGCCAUAAUGCGAAGGCACCUCAGAGCAGACGGGUGCAUUGCUCAAACCAAGUGGGAUACGAUGCAGCUUUGAUAGUGCGUUAAUUACUCAUGUGAUGUGAUACAGAUGUCUGGGGGCUUCAGCUGAAAGUUUGCCUGACGGUUUCCAAGGGGGCCAGGCAGUCAUUUUAGAAGCGUGACACAUUUUGACAGUCUGUCACUCAGUGCAAGCAAAGAUCUCAGUUACGCUGACAAUGGCCCCACCAGCAGGGAGUUUGUUUGUCCUCAUGGUCUGUAUGGUGACCAUGGGUUUGUGCCAAAUCAACAAAGCUAAGGACCCUCUCCCAGGUUUUCUGGUCCACACCACUCUCCAUUCUCCAGACUUCCAUACCACCGUCAGUCCAAGCGCAGGACCCAGUGUUCCCUCUCGUGGAGGACUUGAUACACAAGCUCUGAGGUCCAGCUCCUCCAAUGAAACUAACAGAAAACCCCCAAUGUGUCCCAUAAAUCCAUCUAUUAACAGCUAUUUUAAGUACAUCAACACCAUCAUUUCCAUCGUCGUUUUUGUGGUAGGCCUGGUCGGCAAUGCCACCCUCCUGAGGAUUAUAUACCAGCACAAGUGCAUGAGGAAUGGGCCCAAUGCCCUCAUCGCUAGUCUGGCCCUGGGUGACCUUAUCUACAUUUUCAUUGAUAUACCCAUCAAUGUAUACAAGCUCCUGGCCUCACGUUUCCCGUUUGAUGACAGCACUUUUGGUCUGUGUUUGUGCAAAUUGGUGCCGUUUCUGCAGAAGGCCUCAGUGGGCAUUACAGUCCUCAACCUGUGUGCCCUCAGUGUGGACAGGUACAGGGCUGUAGCAUCUUGGAGCAGAGUGCAGGGAGUCGGCAUCCCUCUGCUCACUGUCGUCGAGAUUGUGUCUAUUUGGGUUCUUUCCCUCAUCCUGGCCGUUCCUGAAGCCAUCGUUUUUGACAUGGUCACCUUCAACUACACCAACACCACCAUACGCACCUGCAUGCUCAACCCAAAGACCCAGUUCAUGCAGGGCUAUACAGAUGCAAAGGACUGGUGGCUGUUUGGUUUUUACUUUUGCGUUCCACUGAUUUGCACAGCUGUCUUUUACACUCUAAUGACCUGUGAGAUGCUCAAUCACAGGAAAGGCAGCCUCCGGAUAGCUCUAAGUGAACACCUUAAGCAGAGGAGGGAGGUGGCAAAAGCGGUCUUCUGCCUGGUGCUCAUCUUUGCCCUCUGCUGGUUUCCGCUGCACCUGAGCCGGAUUCUGAAGAAGAUGGUCUACCAGCAGAAUGACAAGACGCGGUGUGAACUACUGAAUUUCUUGUUGAUCCUGGAUUACUUCGGCAUCAAUCUGGCAACCAUCAACUCGUGCAUAAAUCCCAUUAUACUGUACUUUGUCAGCAAGAAGUUCAAAAACUGCUUCAAGUCAUGCUUGUGCUGCUGGUGUUAUUCGGAUAACCAGCAGAGCAGCAUUGGAGCCGUUAAUGGCACCAGCAUCCAGUGCAAAAGCCCAGAACCCAACAACGUCAACACGGACCGCAGCUUCAGGAAAGACAGCAACUGACAGCUUUUUCAACAUCAUUCUGGAAACAAAUGAGGACUUUUUUCUGCACGUUUGUGCUCUCAAAGAAACUACAAAUUGGCUACAUGCCCUUAUAAAUGCAAAGCAAAAAAAAUCCCCAAUCACGUUCCCACAACUACGGAGAUGGACGUUAAAGAUUAAAAAAAGACGAGACACAGCAGCAUGGGGAGGAACGGUCUUUCAGGGGAUACAGCUGAACGCUAUAAAUGACUUCCCUCCAGGAGGCAGACUGCUAUUCCUGUAAAGGGCAGCACCACCGGGAAGGAUACGAGGCUGGAUGACUCCUGUCAGAGGCUGACAAACCAAGGAAGCUGUUCCCACGACUUCACCACUCAUGAAUGAUAAAAGCCAAACUGCACAUUACGGAUUCUUACAGCUUGUCGUUUUCACUAUCAAAGAUCUGCAGUGUUCGUAAACAGUUUUUUGUUUUCAUGGAUCACAUUGUGGUGUGUGUACAAGUUCAGUUUGAACUUCUCAUAUUUGACGCUCCGUUUUUUUUCUGAUGUCUCAAGAAAACUCUGAAAAGUGUCCAUGAAUACCAAACUUUAAUUUACUGAAAAAAUGUUUAAGUCUGUAACAUUGGGAAAAGGAAACUUGUGUUUUUGGAAGAAAAAAAAAGCUUUAGUUUAACGUAAAAUCCACUGACCACUACAAGUCUUGAUGGCAUGUUUUCAUUAAAGACAAAAAAAGAAAAACUACUAAAUAUUAUUACCAAUAUUUUGUAUUUACAUUUUAGGUUUUAUGCUAGCCAUCUAAAAGCAGUCAGGAACUGUGAACCUUACUGGUAUAGUUGUGUCAUUGUAGCUUGUGAUAACAUAACGAAUAAAUAUAUCUUUAAUAUUCACUUUUAUAAAGUGUUAUAUUGCUGCAAUAGUAUGUUACUCAAACCUUGUUACUUUUGUAAAGACACAGGUAUUAAAUGCUUUGAAAGCACAUAAAAACUUCAAAUUAAAGAUGCAAAAAAUGGAAAUCUGAUUUGUUUUUUUUAUCAACAAUGCAAUCUCGUCUUUUGUUCUGCAGAUUGACAACAAUUAGUUUAGCUAAAGUUAAAGAUAAGUGGGUCAAGGUUUGACUAAACCUUUAAACAAGUUCAUUAUAGAUUUUGACCUAUUUUAACUUGUUCAUAUACAUUAAAAAUAACUUUGUUUGAAAGAAAAUUUUGGUUGACUGUGUCUAAGCUAUGAUGUUUGCUCAUACUUUUAUACUUUUUCUGUCAAAAUUGUAAAUAUGUUGUCCAACGGAAAUUUACAAACGAAAUAGCUGAUUCAAAAAAGCUUUAGAGGAAUUGUUUUAGUUAAACAUUGAUGAAAUAUCAUUAUAGCAAUCUUUUUGCUUCUUUUGUCUUUAAAGAACCACUGUGUUUUUGGUGUUUUUAACAUGUUCUUGCUGCAUUUUUCUCAUAAUGGAGGACAAAUAUAAAGAAAAUUAUGAUUAAAACUGUGUUUCUAUGUAUUUCUUUAUUCAAACUGUUGUGAAUCAGGAGUAGACGGGAAAAAAUUGCUGUUUGAAAAACCUUGUAGUUGUUACAUAAAACCCACAAGCUCCCUGCUCUGCUCCAUUCUGAUGCAUUCCAUUCCAGAGAAAUGGAUCCAUUAAUAUCUGUUUUCCUCGUCUGAGCUGGCAUUUGGCAAAAAAAAAAACUAUACAGCUGGAUAGCUCCUCUAUUGCUCACCAUUUUAGUUGCAACGAUAAUGUUAGGUUGGAGUGUUGGGGGCUGUAAGCUAGUGAGAGAGAGUGUAAAUGGAGGGAUGAUGGGAAAAGAAAGAGUGGUAAUUAGGGUGGGACUUUAAUAGACAUACAUAAAUUGAAGCCCCUUUUAGUAAUCAGUGUCACAGACGUUAACUUGUGUAUAUGUAUCCUCUUAAGCUAUAUAUGUAUGCUGUCCAGUAUGGUUUUUAUAUUUCUUAUGUGAAUAAACCUGUGGGAGUUUGAAAGUC